UGCUGCGCCGUAGCGUCACUGGUUGCUUGGAGAUGGGAUAAACUUUUGGUCAAGAUAAAACUGAUCACAGCCUUGGCGGACAGCGUAUGGGAUUAGCCAUCUUCAUCUCGUUAACUUUGUUCAAAUAAUACAGGUUCUGGGAAAAACAUGGAGACCUCAACUCUUCCAUCAAUAGGCCCAAAGGACGAUCCUCGGUUGACCCUUCAAGUGGAGAACAAAAUGAAAAACAUUUUUGUCACACAAUUACAAGAGACGCGAGAGCAGAAGGAUGGUGAUACUAAUCUGAUCCCUGUUUUAACAGAGUCCAAGAGUAGGAUUUUGGAGACAGGAGUUAACACCAUGCAGCGAACCCUUGUAUUAAAGAAACAAGUUGAACUGGAUAAGUUGGACAGUAAGUUUGCACACAAACGACAAGAGUUUCAAGUUCGAAAGGAAGCCCAGGAACACAAAAGGGCUGAUCUGCAGCAUAAACAGCAGCAGAUCAAAGAUAAGGUAGCAAAGUUUGAGAAGUUUGUGGAGGAGAAUGAGCUUAAACACAGACGAGCUCUAAAAAAGUUCCAGGUAGAAAGAAGGCUGAAUAAUCUAAAGCACAAAGAACUCAUGGCACUCAUGAAAGAGCUAGAAAUGCUGCAGACCAGACAUGAGUAUCUCAAGGGGCUGGUGUCAAAACACAAGAUGUUCGAAGAUUACCUAAUGAAGAUUUUGGAUGUACUCCCAGAAAGUUAUUCUGGGAAUGCAGCAGACUCUCCAGUCAUGUCCAUCCUUAGGCGACAUGAGACACUGUCCAUCACACAUCAAGACCUAGUUGGACAACUGGUUUCCCUUGUAGAGGAGCUGGAAUUGGGCCAGAGGAACCUUGAAAUUCUGAAGCAGGAGCACAACACACAUAAACUAAUGAUCAACAAAGAGUUAUCAGAACUGCAGACAAAGUGGGAUAGAGCCACAGAGAGGACCAAACUACUGGAGAUGACCACACAAAUGCAUCAAGGCCAAUCACGGGACCAGGUUGAGGAAGUGGGAAGCCUCCUGAUUGCUGUCAGGAACCUUGGAGAACAGUGUUAUCUACCACAUUAUGGUCUUCUUGAGGAAAUAGAUGUGCUAGAUAUGAUAGACAUGAUAAAGGAGCACUUGCUGGGAAUAGCAGAUAUGGAGGAAAGAGUCACACUCCUUGUAGAAUCAGAUUCACAGGUAAUUAGUAGCUCUGCAGUUGGCACAGAGAAAGGAUCACAAAGAAUAAAGAAAAAACAAAUCCAUCAAAACAGUGAUGACAAAUUGACAAUUGAUGACAAAAAACACUGCCAAGCACAUUCAUAAUGCUGAAGGGACAUUUUAAUGAAACAUGACACAAUGUGAGGAUAUUGGAGAUGUUUGUCUUUCAAUAUGGGUAAUUUCACAAUUACAGUAGGGUGAGUGUUAGGCCAAAUGUUCGUCAAACAUGAAUUUUGAAUGAUAGCUAAAGUGGUUGAACUUGCAAUACCCCCCAAAAGUGACAAAAUAACUCAACAUUUUUCUAUUUACAUGUUUUGACUGGUAUAAUUACAAUGUGGACGUUUUCUUAUGUGCGUGAAGCUGUAAAGGGGGUUACAUAAUUUUAAGUUAUACACAGUUAUAAUUUUAAGAUGGAGAAGAGCUUGCCAAGUUCAAAGAAGGUUGCUGCGAGUAUUCUAAGCUUGUUUGCAUAUCGGAGCCUAGCGACAUGCAAUGCAUCCAACAGUAUAUAAAGUACAUAACUUUACAUAAAGUCAUCAUCCACAGCACUUGUGCAGAUGCCUGGAUGAACAACCGUCAAGCCAAAUUAAUCAUCCAUAUUCUCUCCUGAUUUCCCUCCAGUGUACGCUACAUGGGCAGAAAUGUGACAAUGGAAGAAUGUUUAGGAACAAUUCACUUACCUUUAUUGUGAAACUACCCAUAUAACACUACAGAGAGUAUUUUAUCUGCAUGCU